AUCAACCGCCGUGAGAUUCGUAAACAAAGAUGGCGGAGGAAGCGUCUUAGCGAUUUAGGCGGCGUUUGAAUAAUGUCUUUGUGUGAUUGGAAAGAGACAGAACAAGUAUCUUGUUUGUUCUGAAGAGGCUGGAAGUACCAUGAAGCUCCUAAAACCGCCUUGGAUCAACCAUGAUGGUGACAAGGCAAUCUUCAGUGUUGACCUACAUCCUGAUGGUUCAAGAUUUGCGACAGGUGGACAAGGACAGGAUUCCUCUGGAAGGGUUGUGGUGUGGAACCUGAAACCAGUUGCUUUAGAGAAAUAUGAGGAAGAUGAGAAGGUACCGAAGUUGUUGUGUAUGCUAGACCAGCACUGGUGUGUGAAUUGUGUGAGGUGGUCUCAGAGUGGACGUUUCUUAGCUUCUGCUGGAGACGAUAAAGUUAUUAUCAUCUGGCAGCAGAGCAGUUAUGGAGGUGGAGCUGUAUUUGGUUCAAAUGUUGUGAAUGUUGAAUCUUGGCGAAGUGUCACAACACUAAGAGGCCACAAUGGGGAUAUCCUCGAUGUAGCUUGGUCUCCAGGGGAUGUUUGGCUAGCAUCUGCUUCUGUAGACAAUAAUGUUAUUGUAUGGAAUACUGCAAAAUGGCCAGAACAAGUGCAGAUUCUUCGUGGACAUACAGGAUUGGUGAAAGGUGUUACUUGGGAUCCUGUUGGUCGUUACUUAGCCUCCCAGGCAGAUGACAAAAGUCUAAGGAUUUGGCGAACAACUGACUGGACCACAGAAGAAAAAAUAAUUGACCCUUUCAGUGAGUGUGGUGGCACAACAACAGUCCUUCGGCCAAGCUGGUCACCUGAUGGUCAGUAUCUGGUCUCUGCACAUGCAAUGAACAAUGGAGGUCCUACUGCACAGAUUGUAGAAAGAGAUGGAUGGAACACUGACAAGGAUUUUGUUGGCCAUCGUAAACCUAUCACGUGUGUGAGGUUUAAUCCUAAUAUCCUGGAGAAAGCUGAUCCAAAGACAGGGAAGUCUGUGCAGUACUGUUUGUGUGUGGCAAUUGGCUCCAGGGAUGCUCAACUCUCUAUUUGGUUUACAUCGCUGAAGAGACCUUUGGUGGUGAUUCAUGAUAUAUUUGAUGACUCUGUUCUAGAUCUUUCAUGGAGCAGUUGUGGCAAGUAUCUCAUGGCAGUGUCAAAAGAUGGUUCUUUGGCCUUCAUAAACUUUUCCCCAGAUGAGAUUGGCCGUCCACUUUGUGAAGAUGAAACUAAUAACCUCCACAUGAAGUUGUACGGUAAAUCUGCAUUAACGUCAGCUUCAUUAGCCAACCCAACCAUAAUAGAGAAUCCAGAGUUCCUUCGUUUGCGUGAGGAAGAAAAGGAGAAAGCAAAAGAAGCAAACAGUGAACAGUCGAAGACCAGCACCCCCCACCCCACAACGAGCACCAAUCAACAAACAGAUUGAGACGAGGACAGCAGAUGGGAAAAGAAGAAUCACACCAAUGUUUAUUCCUCCAGCAGAAGGG